GACACUUGUAAUUUUAUGUCUUCCACAGAACGCACACAAGGUCCCUCCACCUUGGCUGAUUGCCAUGCAGCGAUAUGGUCCUCCUCCAUCCUAUCCUAACCUCAAAAUCCCCGGCCUGAACUCCCCCAUCCCCGAGAGCUGUUCCUUUGGUUACCAUGCUGGAGGAUGGGGAAAGCCACCCGUUGAUGAAACUGGUAAACCGCUGUACGGCGACGUGUUUGGGACUAACUCGCUGGAAUUUCAGGCUAAGACUGAGGAAGAGGAGCUGGAUCGAACUCCAUGGGGUGAGCUGGAACCCUCUGAUGAGGAAUCCUCGGAGGAAGAGGAGGAGGAAGAUGAGAGUGAUGAAGAUAAACCUGACGAUACUGGCUUCAUUACCCCGGCUGACAGCGGGGACACCCCUCAGCUAUACAUCCCAGUGCCAGAGAAACGGGCAGCAACCAUUGGGGGCGCCAUGAUGGGCUCGACACACAUCUACGACAUGUCGGCGCAAAAGAAGAGGAAAGCUCAGCCAGCUGACAGCAGCCGAGGGACCAAGAAAUACAAGGAGUUCAAGUUCUAA